CAUUGCGGCAACUACAACCCACAACUGGGCAUCAACACUCCGACGGCUCGCUCAACGACAGCAGCACAUCUAGCAUUUGACCAGCACACACGGACACGGACACGACUGCACGCAAGUCGCAGCGCCAACUCCCUUUCACCCCUCCCCUCAACUCUCCCUCCCCCACCUCACCGAGAUGAUCAAGUUCAUUCUCGUCCAAAACCGCCAAGGCAAGACACGGCUGUCCAAGUGGUAUGUCCCAUUCGCCGACGACGAGAAGGUGUGUAACUGCUGCCGUCGCGCCGAGCUCACCCGCCAGGUCAGGAUACGCGGCGAGGUCCACCGUCUCAUCGCGCCCCGCGACCAGAAGUACCAGUCCAACUUUGUCGAGUUCCGUAACGAGAAGAUCGUGUACCGCCGCUACGCCGGCCUCUUCUUCUGCGUCUGCGUCGACUCGAACGACUCGGAGCUGGCGUACUUGGAGGCGAUCCACCUGUUUGUCGAGGUGCUAGACGCCUUCUUCCAGAACGUGUGUGAGCUCGACCUCGUCUUCUCAUUCUACAAGGUCUACGCCAUCCUCGACGAGGUCUUCCUGGCGGGCGAGAUCGAGGAGACAAGCAAGCAGGUCGUGCUCGACCGCCUCGACUACCUCGAGAAGCUCGAGUAGAGACUGACUCCCGACGAUAUGAUGUCCUGGCCAGCCGCGCCCACGCUAUCUAUGCAAUGUUGUACUACCCG